UGUGUGGCGUCCAGCCGCUCCGUCCCACGGGAGGCAGAAACUCGCUCGCCAUGUCGGCUGCGGAGGCGGGGGGUGUUUUCCGCCGAGCCAGGGGCAGGACCCUAGACGCGUUUCUCUCAGAAAAGGAAAGGGAAUGGAAAGGCCCGUUCUACUUCAUCCAAGGCGCAGACCCACAGUUUGGACUAAUGAAGGCCUGGUCCACUGGGGACAGUGACAGUGGUGGUGACGAGUGGGGGCAGGAGAUCCGUCUCACUGAGCAAGCUGUUGAGGCCAUCAACAAGUUGAAGCCCAAACCCAAGUUCUUUGUUCUCUGUGGGGACCUCAUCCAUGCCAUGCCAGGGACACCCUGGCGGAAGGAGCAGACCGCGGACCUGCAGCGGGUGCUGGCGCGCGUGGACCGUGACAUCCCACUGGUGCUGGUCAGCGGCAACCACGACGUGGGCAACACCCCCACGCCUGAGACUGUGGCAGAGUUCCAGCGGACCUGGGGGGAUGACUAUUUCAGCUUCUGGGUCGGGGGCGUCCUGUUCCUCGUCCUCAACUCCCAGUUCUGGUACGAUGCCUCCCGAUGCCCCGCCCUGAAGCAGGCACAGGACCAGUGGCUGGACCAGCAGCUGAGCGUCGCAGGCCGGCGCCAUUGCCAGCACGCCGUCGUCUUCCAGCACAUCCCGCUCUUCCUCCACAGCAUCGACGAGGACGACGACUACUUCAACCUCACCAAGUCUGUGCGGAAGGAGGUGGCCAACAAGCUCACCAGAGCAGGUGUCACAGCUGUGUUCUCAGGCCACUACCACCGGAAUGCCGGAGGCACCUACCAGAACCUCGACAUGGUGGUGUCAUCGGCCAUCGGAUGCCAGCUGGGCCAAGACACCCACGGGCUCCGAGUCGUGGUGGUCACCGCAGAGAAGAUCAUUCACCGAUACUACAGUUUGGAUGAGCUGAGUGAGCAGGGGGUAGAAGCCGAUCUCAUGGGCCUGAUGGAGGAAAAGUGACUGCUGCUGACGGUCUGUUCACGGUUCACUUCCACUGGUUUCUUACUUUGCCAGGAAUUGCGGCUGCGCACAGCCCCCUGUUGAAAUAUAAAAGUAUUCUAGGCA